CCAACGGUAAGCCAUCAAAAAGUAAAUUUGAGAUAUCAAUCGAGAUAAUCAAAUGUAAUUAUAAAAUAUUAUAAUUACAUACAAACAACGCGAUAUAUGGUCAUGUGGUCAUGGCAAACUCAAUUUUGCUGCAGUGUUUGUUGGGAAUGCAAUGCCAAGACUUCGCUAUAAUAGCUGCAGAUCAAAUAAACACACAGAGCAUUAUUGUUAUGAAGGAUGACGAAGAUAAGCUGCUGCAAAUUUCGGACAAACUGGUAAUGGGCGUGAAUGGGGAUACGGCAGAUAUGGCUCAAUUUACUCAGUUCAUAGCGAAGAAUAUUCAGCUGUACGAGAUGAGAAAUGGAUAUCAGCUGGACACAGCAGCGGUCGUUCACUUCACGAGGAAGAAUUUGGCUGAGGCUAUGAAGGGUGGGAAUCCUUACAUGGUGAACUCGCUUAUGGCCGGUUAUGAUGAAAAAGUGGGUAGCCAGUUAUACACAAUGGACUUUAUUGCGUCCUGCGUCAAGGUUCCAUUUGCUGCGCAUGGUUUCGGCGGCAUUCUGGCUAUGGGCAUCUUGGAUAGAUACUACAAACUUCAUCUUACAGAAGCUGAAGCGUAUGAAAUUUUGAAAAUGUGCGUCCACGAGAUACAGAGUAGAUUGUUUAUAAAUCUACCCAAGUUUCAGGUGAAGGUUGUAUCUAAAAAAGGUAUUAGCACCUUACCAGCUAUCACUACAGCGUCUUUUAUACAAAAUCAUUAAAGAUCGGGUUUGUACAUAGUCAUUUGCGUUCACACCUCUGCCUUACAUAUACUUAAUGGAUUUAUAUUAUUUUGUUUAUUUCCGCUACAAUUAACAUGUGUGAGACCACAAAUGUUCAGUGUGGAAACUUGACAAAACACGGAGAUCAAACCGCACCGAACAGUCUAGGCUCUACUCCAGUUAACACUAGGCUUCCAACCUGAACUCUAUUCUCACAUGCUAAUUCUCAGGUCUCAUACACGCUAAUGGAAGCGGAAUUAAACAAAAUAAUAUAAUUUAUGUAGUAUAACAGAAUUCCGCAAAAUAACACCCAAUUCGAUAAAAUAUUGUUGAAGUGUGUUAAGGCUGGAUUUCCGUUGAGGGGUGAGAUAUGUCUGUGAAAUUAUAGGAUAAACGGCAUGGUAUAGUAGUCUUUAAAAAUGGCAACACAUGACACGUGGGUAUCACGUGAUGACGUGAUACUGUUCAUGUAUAUAAAUGACGGAUACAAUUUACCAUCAGAUGUGCCAUUAUCCUGAUUAUCUUUCUAGUUGUUUCAAGAAAUAAAAGUAGCUGAAAUAAUAUCAUUGCUACUGUUUUCGAGAUCUUAAUUGUGUUUGAAUAUUCUUGGUUGUCAAAGUUAGAUAAUUGUAAUG